CAGCUUGUUGUGAAUUGAACAAGGCAGUCACGGGCAUCGUGAUAUCACAAAGGCGUCAACUCAGGCGAAGUCUGACUAUCGUGAACUUUUGGGGAGUUAGCAGGGUUGCUUUGGGUUCGACGUCGCAGUUAGUAUUACAUUCGAUAGUGUAGUGCCAACAGAGUCAGGAGGAGGGUGUUCGUUACACUGAGAAACUGCCACGACUGGUCACACACACGUCUCCACACUCACGCCAAAUCGUGUUGUGUGUGUAUAACGAGUAAAUAAGAAUUUCGGGCUAUUGUGUGUGCAUUGUGUGUCUGUGUGUUUCUAUGCUGGAAGGGUGUUAGUGUGUACCGACCGAUUGUUUUACCAGUUUACUAGUCUCGUGCGAGUUGACCUGAACGUAAGAUCAGCAUUUCGAUCGUUGACCGUAAGUGAAAGUGAUUCGCUGAGCAUGUCGGCCAUUAUUGGUGGUUAGUGAAAGUGUCGAGGAACAAGAGAGGAGAAAAGUAUAUAAAAGAAAAAGUCACACGAACGACGAACGCUAAAACCCAAUCGAAUUUCCAAAGGGGUUUUCCUUUUUAGUAUUUGUAGAGAGCCCAACUGCCAACAAGAGAUCCAUCAUGGCUCUCAACGCCACCACACGUUUUAGCGAUAAUUACGAACUCAAAGAAGAAUUAGGAAAAGGAGCCUUUUCGAUUGUGCGACGAUGCGUCCAAAAGUCGACCGGUCUGGAAUUUGCGGCCAAGAUCAUCAACACGAAAAAGCUGUCUGCUCGAGAUUUCCAGAAAUUGGAACGAGAGGCGCGAAUUUGCCGCAAACUCCAACACCCCAAUAUUGCUACACAUGAACCCUAUGGUGGUCAUUGGAGAGGGAAGGGUGAUCAAGCUUUGCUUCGACUCCACGACAGCAUACAGGAGGAGAGCUUUCACUACCUCGUAUUUGACCUGGUGACAGGUGGCGAACUUUUCGAGGAUAUUGUAGCCCGCGAAUUCUACAGCGAAGCCGACGCCUCGCAUUGCAUCCAGCAGAUCUUGGAGAGUGUUAACCACUGUCAUCAGAACGGCGUCGUUCACAGAGAUCUCAAGCCGGAAAAUCUGCUGUUGGCCAGCAAAGCUAAAGGAGCCGCAGUCAAGUUGGCCGACUUUGGUCUAGCCAUUGAAGUUCAGGGCGAACAGCAAGCUUGGUUCGGUUUCGCUGGAACUCCCGGCUACCUGUCCCCCGAAGUACUCAAAAAGGAGCCGUACGGGAAACCUGUGGAUAUCUGGGCUUGCGGUGUUAUUUUGUACAUUUUAUUGGUUGGAUAUCCUCCUUUCUGGGACGAGGAUCAACAUCGAUUGUACGCACAGAUCAAAGCCGGAGCUUACGACUAUCCAUCACCGGAAUGGGACACAGUGACGCCAGAAGCCAAAAAUCUGAUCAAUCAGAUGUUGACUGUCAACCCCGCCAAGCGCAUCACGGCUGCCGAAGCCCUUAAACACCCAUGGAUCUGCCAACGAGAACGUGUUGCCAGUGUGGUACACAGACAGGAGACGGUCGACUGCCUCAAGAAAUUCAAUGCCCGCCGCAAGUUAAAAGGCGCCAUCUUGACGACAAUGCUGGCAACGAGAAACUUUUCCAGCCGGAGCAUCAUCAACAAAAAGAGCGACGGUUCCAACGUCAAGGAAUCGACCGAUAGCAGCACGACGAUCGAAGAGGAUGACGUCAAAGAAAAAUCCAAAGGAGUGGUGGAUCGCAGUUCGACUGUCAUUGCCAAAGAGCCUGAAGUGACGCAAUCGACUUUGGCAGAUAGCGGAGUCGCCUCAUGCCAGCCCUCGUCCAGCUCAACGGCUCCGGACGCAGUUGGCACUGGGAGCGCCUCCGCACCGAAUGCCACGCAACGAGCUAGUGCCGAAGCAGCGAUGAUGGCCAAAGCUCUUGCAUCGCUAACGGCCUCUAGCGCCACGCCCCUCGCGUCCUCGUCGGCCACUUCUGGCGGUGGCGGCGGGGGCAGCGGUGUCAACAAACCGGCCAUCCUUAGCGCCAUCCUCCGCACAGCCGUUCCAGAUCAAGCGACCAAAAUGGAGAAGAGUCAGGCCGUUCCAGUGGCUUCAACCACCGCUGCGGCCGCUAUUCAACAUCAUCGAGUUGGCACUCAGCCAGCCGAUCCAAUGCGACCGGACAUUCGACCAACCGCCUCGGCAAAGACGUGCUCCCAGUUGCCCAGCAACUGGAACGGCUCAGCCAAGAAGCAAGAGAUUCUCAAGCUGACGGAGCAGCUGCUGGAAGCCAUUAGCGCUGGUGAUUACGAAACCUACGCGAAAAUAUGCGACCCACACGUGACCUCCUUCGAACCGGAAGCUUUGGGCAACCUCGUGGAAGGGCUGGAAUUCCACAAGUUUUUCUUCGACAAUCUGCUAGGCAAAAAUUGCAAAUCAAUCAAUACGCUGAUCCUCAAUCCUCACAUCCAUUUAAUGGGCGAGGAUGCGGCCUGCAUCGCUUACGUCCGCCUGACUCAAUUCAUGGACAAGCAAGGACAGGCGCACACACAACAGAACGAAGAGACCCGAGUGUGGUACCGCCGCGAUGGCAAGUGGCUGAACGUUCACUUUCACCGAUCGGGAGCCUCGACUCCCUGUACUCUUCCGUAUCACCAAAACAAAUAAAACAACACCACACAACAAGCUAAAUCUCCCUCUUCUGUUCUUCUUUUUUCUUCUAUCUAUCUGUCCACACGGGAAAAGUAGCUUAUUACUGUCUUGUCAUGAUUUCUUAAAAUCCCGUCACCAUCUAAUUCGAAAUUUAAAAGGAAAGAAAAAACCAAAAAUGGAAACCAGUUGAAAAGAAGGGAGUUGAAAAAGAGGUGUGAUUCGUUGUCUAUUGCGGCCAGCACCGAUCGUGCGUGAACGUCCGAUUUUGUUUUUGUUUUGUUUUUUACACUGGAAUUUUCUUUCUCCCUCUUUCGUAUUGUGAUUAUUUUCAUGUCUGUUUUGACGUUUUGUCAUCUGUAUGUGGGUGGAAUCAGCAAGAAAGAAAAAGAAAGAACUAAUCAUAAGAUAUUCUGAAGAAAAAAAAAUCGAAUGAAAAGACACAUCAGUUGCGCUCUACCGUCUCUAAGAGAACACAUUUGCAGCGUUACAUGAUUACAAGGAAGUGAAUGAUGGUUGAUGCGAAACAACUUAUCGACCCGGUCGAAUCCCCCCCCCCCUUUUUUUUUUAUUUUAUUAUUAUUUUUUCAAUCUCCUUUUUUUUUUACAAUGGGAAGCCACGACAUGAAACUACUGCACCGCGUUUCUUUUUCUUCAAUCCGGAUUUCUCCUUUAGAAUUCUCUAAACUCUUUAUAUUAAAAAAAAACAAAAAACAAAACAAACAAAACAGUCUUAUGUGGCGUUUUCUUUCGACUCUCCUUUUUUUUAAUAUUAAAUCCUCUCCGCAUCAGGUUCACUUCUUUUAUUAUUAAUCCACUUGCUCGUAAUCGGCGGUUGCCAUGACAAAACAUUGUAUUAUUUAGAUGUAUUCAAAUCUAUUCUAUUUGCCUGUAAUUGAACAAAAAAAAAAAAAAAGAAUGUGAAAAAGGGGGGGAAAAAAAAAGGAUAUUAAAUCCUCCCAAGCCUCCCGUUUUGUAAGAAAGGGAACCAUAUUUUGUUUGCCGUGAAAGAUGUGUUGAGCGAAAGGCUCAAAUUUGAUCAGCCGUUUUCGUCUCCUCCUUUUUUUUUUUUUUUUACCAAGAGACAUUGAUUUCAUUUGUUUAUUAUUCCCUUUUUUUUUUAUUGAUCGUCCUAUCAAACUCAGCUCUCUACCUAAAUAUUUACAUUUAAUGUUUUGAUUAGUGAUGCAAAACUGGUUCGUCUCUCGUCUCCCCUCUUCUCCCGCAUCUUCUUUUCUUUUUUUCCUUUUUUUUCUUUUUUUAAGUUGUCCGUGUUCAUUCAGUAAUUUCAUUAUUAUGUCCCUCGCUUCCUUCUGUCUAAUCAUUGAAAACCAACAGCUCGGUUGUGUGUCUUCGUGUACGUGGGUUCCGUCUUGUGUUCUCUGUCUCCAUUUCCGAUCUGUUUUGUCGUUGACAUGCGCGUUAGAAAUGGGACAAUUUCGUGUUUUGUUUUUCUAAAAAAAAAAACUAAAAAAAAAUAGGUAGUUCCUCUACAUUCAGCCCGAAUUCCCUUUUUUGAAUCCCUUGGUUCCCUGUGUCUAAUGCUGUAAGCGUGUGCUGUUUCGUUUUGUAAAAAACAAGCAAGAAAGGUUACAAGGCAAACAAAAAAUCAUUGGAAACACGAUUAAAAAAAAAAAAGAAAGACUAGUCAACCUUUGGUGUUUGUUGGGCAGAUGUGAUUGAUAUAAACAUUUUAUUCUCAUUGGCGAGGACUGAUAGGCUUGUAUGAUUCACGUUUAACAAAAAGAGAAAAAGAAAAGAAU